AUGUCAUAUUCCUAUUUUUUCUUUCUUCUUUCAACUUCUAUCUAUCUAUCUAUCUAUCUAUCUAUCUAUCUAUCUAUCUAUCUAUCUAUCUAUCUUUCUAGGCUGUUUUCUUCUCAUCCAGUAAGGGUCAGCGGAUCACCAGUGUUGAUCAAAUCUCUUUCCAUAUUUCCUUCUACCAAUCAAUUGUUCUUUCUUUUCCUUCACAUCAACUGCCCAUCUAUCUAUCUAUCUAUCUAUCUAUCUAUCUAUCUAUCUAUCUAUGUGCCCGAUGAGCUUUUGGCUCAUUUUAUUUAUCUUGUUCUCCUUUCUUUCACCUUGCUCACUAUGAUUUUGUCUUACUCUCCUUUCAUUGGCAUUGUUCUUCUUUUUAACCGCUUGCUCUCCUUUUCACCAGCUUGCUCUCCUUUUCAUCAGCUUGCUCUCCUUUUCACCAGCUUGCUCUCCUUUUUAUCAGCUUGCUCUCCUUUUCACCAGCUUGCUCUCCUUUUUAUCAGCUUGCUCUCCUUUUCACCAGCUUGCUCUCUCCUUUUUCACCAGCUUGCUCUCCUUUUCUUGCUCUCCUUUUUAUCAGCUUGCUCUCCUUUUCACCAGCUUGCUCUCCUUUUUAUCAGCUUGCUCUCCUUUUCACCAGCUUGCUCUCCUUUCUUUCACCCACAUCUUCUUCCUUUCCUUUUGGCAUCGACGUACAUUUUCUUUUAUCUCGACACGUUCAAGUAUCUUUCAAGUGUGCGUUUAGCUUUCUUUUCUUUCUUCUUGAUCAUCUCCAUCCCCAUUUUGCCCCACUGUCCUCGUUUUCUGUUUCGCUUUACAUUUCUUUAUUUGUUUCGUUCCAGUUUUUAUCUUUGUUUCUUUUCCUUCUCUUGCUCAUAUUUCUUCAACUUCAUCUCUUCUCAUUAA